AUGAGCUGGGCUGUGAGUGAUGAAUGCGGCUGGGUCGAUCGUUCGGAAAGGCGAGCAGAUCAGGGGGCACGGGGCAGAAGGCAAGCCGUCCAGCUUAUAUACUCGUCUGGCGCUUCCCGCGCGCCACCAGAGCGUCCCCCCUCGUCUGCUCCUCGAGCCUCCUGCAAUGGGAUGGGCAGUGGGCGCCAACACCAGGCUGCCUCCUCCCCUCCUCCACCCAACCCCAACCUUGCGAAGCUGGCCCCUCUGGCAGCAGUGGAAGCUCCAAGCCCGUUCCCAGCAGGCGAGCUUGUUGGAGCUGCCCCUCCCCCACCCGGCCAGCCUGCUGCAACCCGCCGCUCGUUGUGGCCGGCCCCAGGACUGGAAGCUGAGGCCAGCCGCGCUACGUCAUGCAUGGCCGCCAUUCCCUGCCUCGCUGAGCAAGUUGCCCGCCGCGCCCUCGUCCGCGUCGAUGGGAUCUCGCCAUCUCCACAGGCUGCCGCCCGGGGGCCCAUUGCCUUUGCGAGGCACCCAAGCCAAGAAGCUUAUCGGCCGGCCGCGCAUCCCCAGCAAUGGAAUGGCGCCGCGAGACUGCCGAUAUUCCCGGCCGCGGAGGGGGGACUCUCCCGCCCAGGACCCAGUUGUAUGAGCUCACAGGGAGCCAUCUUGCAUCACCGAUCGACACCAGACGGGGCGUCGCGCGCGAGAGAGCAGCCCAGCGUCCAGGCACUUGGCGAUGCGCGUCCGCCAGCUUCUUGUUCCGCCGCGUUAAUUACCUGCCUAGCCUUGCCGGCGGCCGAAGCUCUGACGCCAUCCCUCAUCGCGGAGGGGGCCAUCGAACGGCCUCGCAGUGCGCGACGCUCAGUGGCAUCAGCAACACAGCGCGCGCGCGGGGCUUGUUGGCUUGGCUUCGUCAGGGACCGUCGCCGCGCUGCCCGCACGCAGCUAGACAUGGGGGGGCGGCGCAAACUCAAACUGGCCUGCCCAGCUGAAAGGGACGCGCAGCCCGCCAACCGCCCGCGUGCCUGGUUGGGCGCCAUCUCGCCAACUGCCAAGGCUAAUAGUACUAACACCGUGACGAACCCGCUCGGUAUUAGCCUGGCCGCCCCUCGUCCGAGCUCCAAGCACGAAUCUUCACGACGGCACAGCGUCCAAGCGCGUCUACCCGUUGAGGCCGCCUGCGUGUUGCGCCGGGUCAUGCAUCGGCCGCCAAAAGAAGCAGUCACGGCGGCGGUCCGGCCAGUCUCUCUCAACGGCAGCAGCCAGGUUCUUGUCAUAAGAAUCAUCAGUUCGAUGGGCUCAAUUCUCAAUGCCAACACGCUCCUCGCAUACAAUACAGUCGAAGCGCUCGCUCUGUCCUGUUGGACCAGGUUCCGACCAACCCAAACGCCGCAUUUUUGCACCAGACAUGACCUCGUUCGCCUCUCGGACGGCCUCGAGCGCCCAUGGCGUGCCCCUCGAGGCUCUAUCCAAGACGAUGAAAGUAAAUGGGAGAAUUAUACAGGGAUGAUGGCGGCAUGGCGUUUGCCGACAAUGCAGGCAUCGCUGUCCCGCAAGGGACGCGCCAGAGCCCAUCCGAACGCCGUGCCGCAGGCAAGCCGCUUGCGAAUUGUGGCCGCCCCGGGCAGACAUCCAAACCUGCGACGCGCGUCAAGAGUCGACAAAGACCUGGUACGCCAUGAUCAUGACCCAGACGAGGAAUAUCGAGCCCGUCAGCGCCAUGGCAAACACCAAAUGCCACGACUGGCCUGUCGAGCUCCAAACGUCAGCAACAGCCAGGCAAGGGGCGCCAGAGAGGUACGCGGCCGUCUCGAUGCUCAGGCCCCGCGGGUCCUGGUUGAACACCUGCAGGUUGCAGUUGCUCUGCACCGAGCCGUUGGGCCCCCACAGCUGCAUCGACACCACCACCAGCCCGACGAGCCACAUGACGAAGAGCAUAAACGCCCCGAUCAUGACAAUGGCCGGCAGCAGGCGCCGGUUGGCGAUGAGCCAGAAUAUCCCCGCGAUGAACAGGAUCGCGAGCCCGCCGACCGUGAUGUAGUAGGGAAAGUACCUGUGCGAGGGCCCGGUCAGCAAGCCAUGCCAGUCCCCGGGCAGCCGUCUGCAGACAGGCUCUCGCCGUGUAGGCGGACGGGGGAGGGAGUCCUACCACGGCACCGGCAGCUCCAGCUGCACCUGCAUUUGUAUAAACGUGGAAAAGACGCCGACGAUGCUCGCCGACGCCAGCAGCAUGACAAAGAUCCAAAAGUUGAGCUGCCACGGCGGCCAGUUGUACGUGCGGAUGUGGCUGACGACCCGUCGGUUGUAGCCGACGGAGCUGCCGCUCAGGUACGACGAGACGGCCAUGCUGCCGCCGUCUCUGCUCUGUCCGUCUGUCUCGUUGGUUUCGAUUCGGGCGUCCGCACGCCGUACUGUUUGAUGUGUUCUAUAUCGCAGCGGCCCAAUCGAGUCGUCCGCGAUGCUCCGUCGUCUGCGUCGAGAUGCUGCCCAAUGGUUCCAGACGCUCGAACCGGACAGCUCCUGUAUUGCGCGUGUCCUCGCCGUGUCGCGUCAACAACGCCCGCCUCCUCGUGGUUGCUGUGUGUCGCGGCGACAAUGGCCCCAAGCAAACGCGGGCGACGGGGUCGAUGUUAUAAAGCAGACCACUCGAGGGCAGCCCGCGCGAUUGGCCCGCGCCGCAGAGGCAGGGGGGGUCAAUGGGGACCUCCGAAUAGUAGUCGACAGACAGUCCCCUGCGAACUCAAGUGCCCAAUGCACGGGUUGCUGUGCCUGCGGUGCGGCCACCUCAGGUCGGGCGGAGGGCGGGCUGGGCUGGCGCUGGCUGGCGGCGGCGGGAUUGGCGGGCGGACCAAUGCGCUGUGCUGCGCUGCACUGUCGCUGCACUGUCGGCGCUGCUGGGUCGCAAAUGCGCGCCCAAGUUCGGGCCCCCGUCGAGUCUCAAGCCCAAGGCCCCACUGGUGGUGCGCUGUCUGCUCCACGGCGGUGCGGUGGAACCACCCACCGGCACAAGCACGAGGCGAGGCCAGGCACCGUACAGUACUUACCUCCAGUACCCAAAAGGCGCGACGACGACUUGGAUCGGCGUUGCCAACGUCAAGGGGAUAUCGUCCGGCAGCGAGGGCUCGUCUGGCGUCGCUGGGCCGCGCUGGUCAUUGUCGUCGACGCCCCCCGUCGUCGCCCUCCGUCUGUACCUGGUACUGUCUGGCUCCGCCGUGCGGGCUGCGACUCGACCGCCUGCGUUGUUGUUGGCUGCGUGGCCUUGGGGGGGUGCGUCAGAGUCAAACAGACGGCUCGGCUGCGGGUUGGGCCGCCGUCACGGGCGCGUCGUCGUCAGGUGCUUGCCUGCUUUGCUGGCUUGCUUGUCGCCGCCAGGGCUCCUCGUGGGAGAAGCGGCCGGAGGGGGAUGGGGUGAGAUUGGGGUGGGCGGUGGCGGGGGCCUGCGUGUUUCUGCUGUCAAAGGCGUGGAGGUGUCGCGAUUUCGACUGCGAGCGCACGGCGCAACCCAAGGUUCAGGUGUGCUGGUGGAUGUUGUUGUUGGGUGGGUGGUGUUGUCGCGCGGUUGCUAGGUGCCCGGGUGCCGGGACACGCAACCGCGGGCGUUGCCGCUGGAGCUGGAUGGAGCUUCCAGCCACCUGCACGGGCGGGCUCCCAUCCGUCGCCCGCCAGUGGCCCAGCGCACGGCGGGUGGGUUCGCAGUGCUAG